AGAGUCAAGGCCACGCCCCCUUCACGGUCCUCUGCUGCCCGUCGGUUUUCUCAAUACCGGGGGAUGGACUGAAGGAAGCAAAGCAUGGACCCCGCUGAAGAAAACACGAGCAAAACGCUCGACAUAUAUCGCGAUACAUGGGUCCGCUUCCUAGGCUACGCCAACGAGGUCGGGGAGGCUUUCCGGGCUCAGGUGCCAGUGAGUUUCGUUCGGGGCACCUACGCUGUGGCCACUGUGUACGUUACCGCUGAUGCUGUGGACAAAGGGAAGAAAGCAGCCGCGGCCCACGGCGACAACCCCGGGAGGACGACGCGGGUGGCGGCGGCGGUGGUGGACACGUUCGUGUGGCAGGCCCUCGCCUCGGUCAUCAUACCGGGCUUCACCAUCAACCGGGUGUGCGCCGCGUCCCUGCGCCUGCUGGCCGGGACGACAAAGUGGCCCCUGCCCGUCCGCAAGUGGGCCACGACGGCCAUCGGCCUCUCCACCAUCCCCUUCAUCAUCACUCCUAUAGACAGGUCGGUGGAUUUCCUGCUCGACGCGAGCGUUCGGAAGCUCUACCACGAGGACGAGAAGGAGAAAUGAGGACGGAUCAUCCCCCCUUUUCCGCCCCUGGAGACCACUCCCCUCCACCAAGUGAAGCACUAAAGAAUGGUGAUGGAGAAUCUCACGGAGCAAGAACCCACAGCCGGCCGCGGAAGACAUAUAAUAAAAUAGAUUAUUUUUCUUA